AGCUAAAAUAGCACAUAGAGCCUAUCGGUAAUGCCUCGCGAAAUCAUUACUCUUCAAACUGGGCAAUGCGGUAACCAAAUUGGCUACGAGUUUUGGAAAAGGCUCUGCUUGGAACAUGGAAUCGACUCUUCUGGAAGGCCAGAAGAAUUUGCGAUGGAAACUGCUGGUGACCGGAAAGACGUGUUUUUUUAUCAGGCAGAUGACGACCACUAUAUUCCCAGAGCGGUUUUACUUGAUCUCGAGCCGAAGGUCAUUGACAGUAUCAAAAACGGUGCCUACCGUAAUCUGUACAAUCCAGAGAAUGUAUUUAUGCCCGGAUCGGGUGGUGGCGCGGGCAACAACUGGGCAUAUGGCUAUGCACACGCCGAGAAACAUUACGAUGACAUUUUCGACUUGUUAGAUCGUGAAGCUGAUAACAGUGACUCCCUUGAGGGGUUCGUGCUUUGUCACAGCAUCGCCGGUGGGACAGGGUCUGGUCUUGGGUCUUAUAUCCUCGAGCGCCUCAAUGACCGUUAUCCCAAAAAGCUGAUUCAAACCUAUAGUGUUUUCCCAAAUUCCCAAGAAAGUAGUGACGUUGUUGUGCAGCCCUACAACUCUAUCCUGACGUUGAAGCGUUUGAUUUUGAAUGUGGAUUGCACAGUCGUUCUAGACAACACGGCCUUAAAUCGCAUUGCUGAUUAUUCUCUUCACUUACCCAAUCCUACGCUUGCGGACACGAAUUCUUUGGUUUCAACAGUGAUGGCGGCAUCCACUUCCACCUUGCGCUAUCCUGGGUAUAUGAACAACGAUUUAGUUGGCCUGAUGGCCAGUUUGAUUCCCACCCCUCGUUGUCACUUUCUCAUAACUGGGUACACUCCUUUGACCAUACUAGACUCUCAGCAGAUACCGCAGGGCGUGAUCAAGAAGACGAGCGUGAUGGACGUCAUGGCGCGUUUACUGCAGCCCAAAAAUAUGAUGGUCAGCUGUCCCACUAAUCGAGGAGCAUAUAUUUCUAUUCUAAACAUUAUUCAGGGAAACGUGGAUCCCACACAAGUAUAUAAAAGCUUGCAACGUAUCAGACAAAAACGGUUGAUCAACUUUAUAUCUUGGGGUCCAGCUGGGAUUCAGGUUGUCCUUUCUAAGAAAUCACCAUACAUUCGUACUGGAUAUAGAGUUUCUGGUCUGAUGUUAGCCAACCACACAUCAAUGCACGCGCUGAUGCAACGAUCAGUCGAUCAAUUCAACAAGCUCUACAAAGUGGGCGCCUUUAUUGAAAAUUACCGGACGAAAGGGUCGAUUUUUUCUGAAAGUCUGGAAGAAUUUGACGAUUCAAAAGAAAUCACGUUGUCUCUGAUUGACGAAUACAAGGCAAGUCAAUCUCCAGACUAUAUCAACUAUAGAGGAUUGCAUGAGCAAAAAUAA